AUGACUCAAGCAACCACGAAAUCUAGCAAGGCAAGGGCUGAAGUAUCUUUGGAUCGCUUGAAGGAUCAGGAGAAAAAGAUGAGAAGAAAGCGAUUGAUCCCAUCAAUUUUUGCUUUAAAGGAGGUCAACUUUAGAGACCAGUCAAGCAGGAGCAAGAGACAAACAAGCGAUAGCUUGACUUUAUCAAUAACUGAGGACCAAGGACUCUAUCCAGCUCGGUUCGACAGGAGUAAAUCUAGCACUACAGUUUUCCAGGUUCGCUUGAAGAUUAAAGCAAGAAAACUUACAAACGGACCAUUAUUUUUGGUGAUAGGCAGUCACAAAAGAAGGCAUAAGAGUCCAGAGGAUGUUCAACUUGUAAUUUGUGAAGAAAAGACAAGCAAGCGACUUACCUUACCAGAAGACCUGGUUAAAUUGUGGAUACUGGAGCCUUGGAGAAAAGCAAGAGGAUCGAGCAAAAUCGUGGUCUUGGAUCAUUCAGCUUUCAAGAAGGAACACAGAUCGCCAAGCAGGAAGACCCGCCAUAUUAGAGGUUUGGAGGAAUGGAGAUCGGCAUGA